GCAGAAUGGCAACUUGCAAAGAGAAAAAAAGAAAUAAAAGACAACCAAGCCACAGCUCCCCUCAAGUCCAAGUCAAGACUUCUUUAUAUAUUCCUUCCUCUUUCUAAACGCACCGUGCUUAACACAUAUUCUUUUGUAUAUUCCGCCGGCAAUAUGAUAUUCCGAUCAUGGAUUUCAGCUUCUUCCUCCUCCGUCAACACCUCUGCUGACCACCCUAUUCCACCACCAAAAGGGGUGUUUCCUGAUGAUGCAAGUAACUUCUCCGACUUACCCAGCAGUUCACCAUCAUUAUUUUCUCAAGAAACCAAUUCUCUUAGUAGCUUACAAAGCAAUCUCUCCCUUUUAACUUUACCUUCAGUUCCUUCUCUCCAAAAUCUCUCCCCUGGAACUUUAAACCUCGCAAUCUCCGCUAGUGUUUUGAAUUCUCUUAAUCCACGAAAUGCCCAUGUCACUUUCCUUGCUAUGCACAAUAAUCUCCUCUAUGCAGCUUCCUCAAAUGAAAUCAACGUAUUCGAACUCACAAAUUUCACACUUAUCGAUACUUUCAAUAACAAAGACCCAUCUUCUGGUUCUGCAAAAUCUAUUACUUUUCUCGAUGGUAAAAUCUUCACUGCACAUCAGGAUUGUAAAAUCCGGCUCUGGAAAUUGACAUCCAUUAAACAGCAUAAACUAAUCGCAACUCUCCCAACGCUUGAGGAUCGAUUACGCCGAUUCGUUUUCCCUAGUAACUAUUCAAAUGUGAGAAGACACAAGAAAAAAAUGUGGAUCGAACACCAUGAUGCAGUGUCUGGAUUAGCUGUGAAUGAUAAUUUAAUGUGCUCUGUUUCGUGGGAUAGGUGUUUGAAAAUUUGGGGAGGUUCGAAUUUAAGGUGUAAAGAAUCGAUAAGAGCUCAUGACGAUGCGAUUAACGCUGUUGUUGUAGGGAAAGAUGGAACAAUUUUUACAGGUUCUGCUGAUAAACGGAUUCGGGUAUGGGGGAAACCGUAUGGAGAGAAAAAAGCGAAAAUCGGGUUAAUUGCGACGUUAGAGAAGCAUAAAUCGGCGGUAAAUGCAUUGGCGUUAAGCUCCGAUGAGUCUGUUUUAUUUUCCGGCGCCUGUGAUCGGUCGAUUUUGGUGUGGGAAAGAGAAGACAGUGCGAAUUACAUGGUGGUUACUGGUGCAUUGAGAGGUCAUACGAAAGCGAUACUCUGUUUGAUCAACGUCUCUGAUUUGUUGUUCAGUGGAUCGGCGGAUCAGACGGUAAGGAUUUGGACACGUGGGAAUCAGGGACAGUUCUGUUGUUUAACGGUACUUGAUGGACAUCGGACACCGGUGAGGUCAUUGGUAGCGACGCCAGUCGCGGUGGAAAGCGGUGGAGCUGAUGGUGGUGUUAAGUUGUUUAGUGGAAGCUUUGAUGGAGAAAUUAAAGUGUGGCAAAUUAUGGUUUCUAAUACAAGUGGAAGUCCUCUCAUAUCGUGAUAUUUGUAUUUUAUUUAGAAUUUAAGAAAACAGAUUUUACGUACUAACAAGUUAAUUUCAUUUUAUUUUUUAUAAUUGUUUGAGAUUUUAUUUGGAAUUUGGUGCUGUUAUUUUAUGCAUUUUUUCCAACUUGACUACUUAGAAAUGGUCAAGAAAUUUACUAUUGGGCAAAUGUUCGAAGUCUGUUAAAUCUUAAGUGUUUCUAUAUAUAUAGUCAAUAUUGUUUUAUUUUCCUAUU